GUUCAGGUUUACGGGGAACGAGACGCACACAGACUACUUUCGGCUGGUACUCCGGGACGGGAACUAUCUUCUGGUCGGCGGAAGAAAUCUCGUGCACAACCUCAGCCUGACCGAUUUGACGGAGCAGCAGAGGCUGAUUUGGUACUCGACCGACAGUGACGUGAAGAUGUGCCUGGUGAAGGGCACGCCCGAGGAGAAUUGCCAGAACUACAUUCGCAUCCUCGUGAAGACGGACCCGAACACGCUGCUGGUAUGCGCGACGAACGCGUUCAAGCCGAUGUGCCGGCACUACGGGGUCCAGGCGGGCAAUUACACGAUGCUGACGGAGAAAACGGGCCAGGCCAUGUGCCCCUACGACCCCCGGCACAACAGUACUUUCGUUUACGUGGACGGGGAACUCUACACCGGCACGGUCGCCGACUUUGCCGGGAUGGACCCGAUCAUCUACAGGGAGCCGGAGCCCCUGCAGACCGAGCAGUACGACUCCAAGAGCCUAAACGCGCCAAACUUCGUCAACUCCAUGGUCCAGGGAGACUUCGUCUACUUCUUCUUCCGCGAGACCGCCGUGGAAUAUAUCAAUUGCGGCAAGACGGUCUAUUCUCGCGUGGCGAGAGUCUGUAAAUACGAUCGAGGUGGUCCGCAUCGAUAUCGCAAUAGAUGGACCUCGUUCCUAAAGUCCCGUCUUAAUUGCUCCGUGACCGGAGACUUCCCUUUCUAUUUCAAUGAAAUCCAAUCGACGACGGAACUGAUAUCGGGGCAGUACGGGAAUAAGUCGGCGCAGCUGAUAUACAGCACGUUCACCACCCCCGUGAACAGCAUCAGCGGCUCGGCCGUGUGCGCCUUCUCCUUGCAGGACAUCACCGACACCUUCAAGGGCAACUUCAAGGAACAGAGCGCCAUCAACUCGAACUGGUUGCCGGUGCAGAGUACCAAGGUGCCUGUCCCGAGGCCAGGCCAGUGCGUCAACGACUCCCGAUCUCUGCCCGAUCUCACCCUCAACUUUAUCCACACGCACUCCCUCAUGGACGAGCUGGUGCCGAGCUUCUUCGGCCAACCGAUCGUCAUUCGCACCAGUUUUCAUUACAGGUUCACGCAGAUCGCAGUGGAUCCGCAGGUGAAGACUCCCGGCGGUAAGACGUACGACGUGCUGUUCAUCGGCACGGACAACGGGAAAGUGAUCAAGGCGGUGAACGCAGAGUCCGCGGACACUCACCUGAAGGUCAGCCCGGUGGUGAUCGAGGAGAUCCAGGCGUUCCCGUCGACGGUGCCGGUUCGCGGCAUCAAGGUGGUGAGAGCCUCUCAGGCCGGCGACGGUCUGGAGGAUGGCAGGCUGGUGGUGAUCGCCGACAGCCAGGUCCAGGCGCUGAGGUUGCACCGAUGCUACAGCGACAGGAUCCUGUCGUGCGGCGAGUGCGUGGCCCUGCAGGAUCCGUAUUGUGCCUGGGACAAGGUGGAGGGCAAGUGCAGAGCUCUGAUGAGCCCCGCUGCCACGGACGCGAAUAGAUUCCUGCAGAGCGUCGCGACCGGUCUGCACGCGUCCUGUCCACCGAGCAAGAGUCUGAACAAGGACGCGAGCAGCCAGGAUAAUUCAGGUAUGAGAAGCGGUGAGAAGGUAUGAGAGAGAGAGAGAGGGAGAGAGAGAGAGAGAGAGAGUAAUGUCGAAACGUCGUGGAUCGAUGCAGGUCCAGAGGUAUCGGCCGCAGACUCCCCGCCGCCUCAGUAUUCCGUGGAGACGUUGGUGAUGGCCGUGGUAGCUGGCGCGUUGGCGGCACUGUUGGUCGGCUUCGUGGCGGGCUACCUGUGCGGCAGAAAGUGUAGAAAGGACGAGGACGACAAUCUGCCGUAUCCGGACACGGAGUACGAGUACUUCGAACAACGGCAGAACGUGAACAGCAGGUUAGCGCCAGAGCCAAAAUUACUGCCCCAGGAGGAAGUGACGUACGCGGAACCGGUGCUGGUUCCGCAACCUCCGAAGCUGCACUCGCCGAAAGGCACGAUGCGAAAACCACCGCCAACCCCGACGGAAACGCUGUUCCAGUUCCCGGAGGGGUACGGUUUCCGCGGGCCGAGGGACAACUUCGGGACCCUGCGGUCCCACCAGGGCGACGCGUAUCGACGCAACGACGGAUUCGCGACCACCCGCAGCGUGAAGAAGGUUUAUCUCUGA